UUUUUCACAUAAAGAAUAGCAUGAAACAGAAGAACAUUCUUUUCUGAAUACUAUAAAUCACAAGGUAUAAAAUUAUUUGGCAGGUUCAACAUACUAUAUUUUGUUUAAACAAAGUUUUUUUUUUUUAAACGAAUAAAUUAUCUUACUUUUGCUCUAAACUAUCACGAAUCCUUAUGAUUAGACCCGGUCUUCCGUAUGUAACCCACACAUAUAUGAGGAGCAGGUACUGAACCCGGAUGACUAAUUUCAAGGUAUUGAUUACGAAUGUGCCACCAACCCAUUUACGCUAGAUGAAGUUUUUAUUAAUACAGCAAACUUGAAGGACUGGAACCUAAAAUAAUGAUAAGAGUUGGGUUGGAAAACAACGGGAUCUUGCCGACAACUUUAAAUUUAGAAAACAAAAAAAGAAACCUUAAAAUACUACUCGUACUUAUUUGUUUUACAAAAGGAGGUUUGGAAACAGAAUCUGAUUGCAGGUUCCUAUCAUAGGAGGAUGUCGAUUUUAGGCCCAAAUAUGCCAAACGAGGUUGGUCUGCGAUUGCUUCUUUGCCCACUUGGUUCCAACGUAGUCCUAAAAACCGCAUGCUGUUCUGUGGGAGUUAUUAUACCUGUUUACUCUACUUUUAAAGCGAUCGAGUCACGCAAUAGAAUUGAGCAACAAAAGUGUCUUGUAUACUGGGCAGCAUAUGGGACUUUUAGCAUUGCAGAGACGUUUGCUGACAAAAUUAUAUCAUGGGUUCCCCUUUACCAUCACAUGAAGUUUGCUUUUCUAGUUUGGCUUCAACUUCCCACUACCGAUGGUGCUAAACAGCUAUACAUGAAGCAUUUACGUCCUUUUCUUUUGAGGCAUCAAAUUAAACUUGAUCAACUCGUGGCAAUCGUGUACAGGGAAUCGGGUAAAUUUAUUAGUGCUCACGAAGGAGAAUUUCAGUUUGCAAAGGCAAUUGCAAUGAAGAUUAUGAUAUCAGCGAAACAUUUUAUCGACGAUGGCAGUCAACCUAUCCCACCUGUCCCGCCGCCAGAGGGAAGUGCGAUGGCAAACCAAAGUGAACAAGGUGAGACCUUGGACUCUAAUAAUAAUGAUGACGAGGAUGAUGAUGAUGGUUAUGUAACCGUUGCUGCAACUUAAGAGAUCAUCAAGGCAAUUGGUCAAAUCAGAUUCUUUUAACAGCUUUUGUUUAUGUAUAUAUGUUCUUAUUUUUUUUUAUAGUCAAAUUAGAGUACUAUAUCAAGUCACCGUUCUGUAUAAUUACUGUAUCAUUUUACCAGUAAUCUCUACAUGAGCAAUAACCGUUUGUAAAAGAGUGAAA